AUGUCUUCCGCGGCUGCUUCUGUGGCUCCUCUAGCCGGUCCUACGAACCCAACGCUGAAUGGCACGACGCCGCAGGCGGACAAGUACCGAGGUGCCGUUGUAGAGGACCUGCAAUUACCUCCUGCGUUUGCACUUCCUGCUGAUGAAGCUGUAUCACGAGCCAUCGAGCUUGGGUAUGAGCGAGAUUACUCUUAUAUCCCGGUCUUAGAUCGCACCCGGAAACCUCUGGGGUAUGUGGACGUGUCCGCUCUGAAAGCGAAAUGGGAGGCUAGGCAGGCGGAUCCGGACGAUAAAGUGAUGAAGUUUAUGACCAAGUUUGAACGGACGGCGUCACAUCCUUAUACGCUAAUAACCCCUGCAACUCCGCUGUCCGAGCUGGAAGAGUUCCUGAAGCACAAUAUUUUCGCAAUAGUGACCGACUACGAUCGGAAGUUCGUCCUUGCUGUCGCGACACAGCAGGAUUUAGAGACAUUUGUUUCUCGUCGUGGGUUCUAGAUAUCUACUAGGUUCUGGGUGUCAUGUAUUGCAUACUUGCGGCGCAUAAUUUAUCCAUUGAUUUUCUGAAAUGGC